CACCAGAACAAAUCAGAAAACAAAAACAAAACACAAAAAGAGGAUAAACAUAAAAAGAAGCUAAAAAAAAAUUACAAGUAUCAAUAAGGUAAAUUAACUACAAUAAAAGAUGGUGGGCUUGCGACUUAAGGCGUUGUUUUUUGUACUACUAGUGGUUAUGGCCAUCUCAAUAGCAAACGCUGCCAAGGAUCUCAAAGAACAAGAUGUUGGAGUCCAAAGAAACUUACAUGAAGACGACAAAGGUGAUAAAAAAGAUGCUAAAGGUGAGAAAGGUGAUAAAAAAGAUGAUAAGAAAGAAGAUAAAGAAGAAUCAGUUGGUUCUAAAGUAGCCAAAAAAGUCAAAGGAGCUGCUGCAUCUGUUGCAUCAGCUGCAUCCAAUGCAUCUGCUGCCUCAGCUGCAUCUGCCGCUUCUGCUGCCUCUGCUGCAUCAGGUAAAAUCAAAGGAGCUGUUGCACCUAUUGGUGAUAAGUUGGGACUCAAAGGCCCAAGCGGUCCAUCAAUUGAUGUUAAAGCAUCUGGAGCUAAAGGAGACGGCAAAACCGAUGACACUGCGGCAUUUAUGGCAGUAUGGAAAAAAGCUAUUGAAGCAACAACACCAACAACGAUUACAGUGCCAAAGGGUGACUACUUGGUGGAAGAAUUACUACUCGAAGGUCCAAGCAAAAGUCCUAUCACUUUCGAAAUGCAUGGCAAUCUUAAGGCUCCAUCUGCUGUCACCACCCGAAAACCACAUAGUGGAUGGGUUAAUUUCAGAAAACUCAAGGAUUUCAAUUUGAUUGGAAACGGAGCCAUUUUUGACGGUCAAGGCUCAGUGGCUUGGAAGGUCAAUGACUGCAAACAGACCGGCAAAUGCAACAAUCUCCCCAUCAACAUCCGACUUACGCAACUCGAUAACUCGAGAAUUAGCGGCAUAACAUCAACAAACAGCAAGCUAUUCCACAUGAACAUCCAUCAAUGCACCAACGUAACUCUUCAAGAUGUUCAUAUUGACGCACCUCCUGAGAGUCUCAACACCGAUGGUAUCCACGUCGGAAAGUCCGUAGGUGUCACCAUAAGAGGGUCAAAGAUCAAAACCGGAGAUGACUGCAUUUCCAUUGGAGGCGGUACUGAAAAUUUACUUGUGGAGGGCGUAGAAUGUGGACCAGGACACGGUCUUUCCAUCGGAAGUCUUGGAAAGUACCCAAAUGAGGAACCAGUGAAAGGAAUCACCAUUCGUAAAUGCAUCGUCAAGCAUACCGAUAAUGGUGUUCGUAUCAAAACAUGGCCUGGAUCUCCCCCUGGUCUCGUCUCCGGCGCUCUCUUUGAAGAUAUCACCAUGGAUAAUGUUAGCUUGCCCAUUCUCGUCGACCAAGUGUACUGCCCUCAUGGCAAAUGCAAAUCAGGGCCAUCAAAGGUGCAGUUGGAGAACCUGAGCUUCAAGAACAUUAGGGGCACAUCAUCAACAAAGAUUGCUGUGCAAUUAAACUGCAGCCCAGGCUGUCCUUGCAAGAAUGUUGCUUUGGCUGACAUAAACUUGGUCAGCACUGGUAAAGAGGGAGCAGCUGUCUCGGCAUGUUCUAACGUCAAGCCUACUGUCACCGGGAAAAUGAUUCCAGCGGCUUGCACCGAAGAAUGUAAACCGGAUAAAAAGUAAAGUCGCUUGUCCACCAUGCAUCCAUCCGCUCUGGUGGAGAUGAUUCCAUUAGAUGGAAUAUUAAAUAAUAUCUAAGUUUUUUUACAGAAUAUAAAUAGGUAAUAGUCCCUUUAAGCUUGGAGUUUACCAGCUAAAGAGUGACUAAUAUUGAGUAGUACUUAAUGUAUGAUUCGAAACAUGGGAGUUUUGAGCCAAAAAAGAAUAUCUUAGUUCUUAUAUCUUCAAUGUUGGUUAACUCCAAGCUUAAAGGGACCCUAUUGAAUAUCUUAAUGUAUCUUAGUGCACCAUAUUCUUCGUGAGAGUUUUGAGCCAA